CCGACACGGGAAGAUGGCGGCGGCCGGGGGCGGCAGCGGCAGCUGCGGCGGCGGCUCUUGGGCAGCGGAAGGGCCCGAGCUGUGAGACCCCGGCGUGGACGGGCGGGCGGGCAGCGAGCUGCGGCGGAGGAUGAGCUUGCUUUGCGCUCAGUAUCUCCGGCAGGCAGAAGUCCUGAAGGCUGACAUGACAGAUUCGAAGCUGGGUCCAGCUGAAGCCUGGACAUCCAGACAAGCUUUGCAGGACUUAUACCAGAAAAUGCUAGUAACAGAUUUGGAGUAUGCAUUGGACAAAAAAGUGGAACAAGAUCUGUGGAAUCAUGCCUUUAAAAAUCAGAUCACAACUCUACAGGGUCAAGCAAAAAACCGAUCAAAUCCAAAUCGGAGUGAAGUUCAGGCAAACCUCUCUCUGUUCCUAGAGGCAGCUAGUGGCUUCUACACACAGCUACUGCAGGAGCUGUGCACAGUGUUUAACGUAGAUUUGCCCUGUCGUGUGAAGUCCUCCCAACUGGGAAUUAUCAGCAAUAAACAGACACACACCAGCGCCAUUGUGAAGCCACAAUCUAGCUCUUGCUCGUAUAUAUGCCAGCACUGCCUUGUCCACCUUGGAGACAUUGCUCGCUACAGAAAUCAGACCAGCCAGGCUGAGUCCUACUAUAGGCACGCAGCUCAGCUUGUCCCCUCCAAUGGUCAGCCUUACAAUCAGCUGGCUAUCUUAGCAUCCUCCAAAGGAGAUCACCUGACCACCAUUUUCUACUACUGUAGAAGCAUUGCUGUGAAGUUCCCUUUCCCAGCUGCCUCUACUAACCUACAAAAAGCACUUUCUAAAGCACUGGAAAGUCGUGAUGAGGUGAAGACUCAAUGGGGAGUGUCUGAUUUCAUUAAGGCAUUUAUAAAGUUCCAUGGCCAUGUGUAUCUGAGUAAGAACUUGGAGAAACUGAAUCCUCUUCGUGAGAAAUUAGAAGAGCAGUUCAAGAGGCUGCUGUUCCAGAAGACCUUUAAUUCUCAACAGCUAGUCCACAUUACCGUCAUCAACCUGUUUCAGUUGCAUCACUUACGAGACUUCAGCAAUGAGACUGAACAGCACAGUUACAGUCAGGACGAGCAGCUCUGCUGGACACAGUUGCUGGCGCUUUUCAUGUCUUUUCUUGGAAUCUUGUGCAAGUGUCCACUCCAGAAUGAUUACCAGGAAGAGUCUUGGGGUUCUUAUCCCCUCCCUGCACUCAAAGUCUCAAUGGACUGGCUGAAACUUAGACCCAGUGUAUUUCAGGAGACCGUGGUUGAUGAAAGACAAUACAUUUGGCCCUGGCUGAUCUCCCUUCUAAACAGUUUCCAGCCUCGUGAGGAAGAUCUCUCCUGCCCUAAUGCUACCCCUCUUCCAGAGGAGUUUGAGCUGCAGGGAUUCUUAGCUUUGAGACCCUCCUUCAGGAACUUAGAUUUCUCCAAAGGCCAUCAGGGGAUAACCGGAGACAAAGAAGGGCAGCAUCGGCGUAUACGGCAGCAGCGCCUGAUCUUCGCAGGCAAAUGGAUUGCUGACAACCAGCCAAGGUUGAUCCAAUGUGAAAACGAGGUUGGGAAACUCCUGUUUUUGACGGAGAUCCCAGAACUGCUACUUGAGGAACAUAGCGAAGCCAAACAGAGUCAUGUUCUGCAGGAAGCAUCAGAGCCACAGUUUGUAGAUGGGAGCCCAGGACUUAAGUCAGUGCUGUCGACAGGUCGGAACCUGAGCAGCAGCUGCGACACAGGAGAUAAGCCAAUGGUGACAUUCAAAGAGAAUAUUAAACCACGAGAGGUAAACCGAGAGCAAAGCCGAAGUUAUCUAACUAAGGAAGUGGGUAGGGAAAGACGGGACUAUAGCAAAGGAAUUACAGCCAAUAAAAAUGAUGGGAAGAAGGACAACAACAACAAGAGGAAGAAUGAGAUCAAGAAAUGUGGCAUGGAAAAAAUGCAGGAAGCAGGGAAGCAGAACGUGGCGGUACAGGUAAAAUCCCAAACGGAGCUGAGGAAAACUCCAGUGUCUGAAGCUAGGAAAACUCCAGUGACUCAGUCCCCAAACCAGGCCAGCAACUCUCAGUUCAUCCCCAUCCAUCAUCCAGGAGCUUUCCCUCCUCUUCCCAGCCGGCCAGGCUUCCCACCUCCUGCCUACGUUAUCCCCCCUCCUGUGGCUUUCUCCAUGAGCUCAGGAUACACUUUCCCAGGUGGCGUUUCUGUCCCAGGAACCUUUCUUCAGCCUGCAGCUCAUUCACCUGCAGGCAAUCAGGUGCAAGCUGGGAAGCAAUCCCACAUUCCUUACAGCCAGCAGCGGCCCUCUGGACCAGGCCCGAUGAACCAGGGACCUCAGCAGACACCAUCCCCUUCUCAGCAGUCCCUUGCAUCUAUACCAGCUCAGGCAACAGCACAGUCUGCAAGCCAGUUACAGGUCCAGGCUCUGGCACAGCAGCAGCAGCAGCAACAGUCGCCUACAAAAGCUGUGCAGGCCUUAGGGAAGAGUCCUCCACACCACUCUGGAUUCCAACAGUAUCCCCAGACAGACUCCUCCAAGCAGCUCUGGAACCCUCCUCAGGUCCAAGGCCCGUUGGGGAAGAUGAUGUCUAUGAAGCAGCCCUACUAUCUUCAGGGCCAGGACCCCUUAAAACUGUUUGAACAGUCCUUGCAGCCUCCCCUGCUGCAGCAGCAGCCUCUGGAGAAGAAAAUGAAGCCUUUCCCCAUGGAGCCAUAUAACCAGAAUCCCUCAGAGGUCAAGGUGCCAGAAUUUUACUGGGACUCCUAUGGCAUGGCUGAUAACCGUGUUGUGAUGGCACAGCAGCAAGCUAACAUGGACCGCAGAGGGAAACGUCAGCAAGGAGUCUUCCGCCCAGAGCAGGAUCCAGUGCCUAGGAUGGGUUUUGAGGACCCCAAGAGCUCCCCUCUGCUUCCUCCGGACCUGUUAAAGAGUCUGGCUGCCUUGGAGGAGGAGGAAGAGCUGAUUUUCUCUAAUCCUCCUGAUCUUUACCCAGCUCUGCUGGGGCCUCUCGCCUCUCUUCCUGGACGAAGCCUCUUUAAAUCGCUGCUAGAGAAACCAUCAGAUCUGAUGUCUCAGUCACCAUCUUUCCUGUCGCUCACGGGCUUCUCUCUCAAUCAGGAAAGAUACCCAAACAGCAUGUUCAAUGAGGUUUAUGGGAAAAACCUCAAUGCCAGCACAAAAACAGAGGUCGCUCCAUCAGUGGCCCACCAGGAGACUUCACUCUACUCUCUCUUUGAAGGGACUCCAUGGUCUCCAUCGCUUCCAGCCAGCUCAGAUCAUUCAACACCAGCUAGCCAGUCUCCUCAUUCCUCUAACCCAAGCAGCUUGCCUAGCUCGCCUCCAACUCACAACCACAAUUCUGUUCCAUUCUCCAACUUUGGGCCCAUUGGGACGCCAGACAACAGGGAUCGGAGGGUAGCAGAUCGGUGGAAGACAGAUAAGCCAGCAAUGGGAGGAUUUGGCCUGGACUAUCUCCCAGCAACAUCUUCCUCUUCAGAGAGUAGCUGGCACCCAGCCAGCACUCCCAGUGGCACCUGGUCAGCCCACGGCCCGUCCAUUGAGGACUCGUCAGCUGUGCUUAUGGAAAGCCUGAAGUCUAUCUGGUCCAGUUCCAUGAUGCAUCCUGGACCUUCUGCCCUGGAGCAGCUGUUGAUGCAGCAGAAGCAGAAGCAGCAACGCGGGCAAGGUGCCAUGAAUCCACCGCACUGAGAACGAAAGAGGGUGGCAACCUUUGCAACCGAAAGCUCCAUACAUCAUGGCAUGUUGGGUUUGCAGGACUGUCCCACACAGCCCUGUGCGCGUGGCAGCCCUCUCUUCUGUUCCUUGCCGUCAGGAGGGCGUAAGUGCUCCACCAACCCACUGAGUGUGCACGGAAAUGUCUGCAGUGCAAUGGAAAACCAACACCAGGAACUCUCCCACCCCUCCGGGGCCCUCUGGAGGGAGAGAGGGACUGCUGUUUGUCUCACGGUAACCCGAUAUCACCGCCGCUCACCUUCUCCAUCGUGCAUGUCCCCAGCCACGUGGGAAAAUAAAAAGCCGAGAACGAAGAGCAGAUGGGAGAAGCCACUGAGAACUUCUCAAUCCUUCUCAAUUUCGGAGAAGCCAAUAGGAAUCUAUUACUGAUAAGCUUUGCUGACUGAGAAUGUAGUUGAAAUUUAUUCCUCAACAUCUAAAUUUCUAAUUAUUACUAUCUCAGUAGUAAGGUCACACUGAAUUCUUCCAUACACAAGAUGUGCUUUGUAGUCAGUGUGUGUAGCAACCCCUCCAGUCGCUGGUCCAGCCAGAGGCGGGUGGUGGCCGAUUGGGUGGGGGGCUUGUGUCUUGUCUCCUGGGCUAGAGAAGGCGCUUUCGUGAAGGAGCAUCUGGCCCCUCCAGCACCUCUUCCACCUUUUCCUCAAAGGCGAUCUCUGGACGGCCCUGAGUGGGUUAGAGAUUCCAGUACUGAAGCGCAGUGAGCACUGCAGGGCCCCCUGCUAGGGCAGGCAAGCCAGCCACUGCGAUGGGGUUUUAAGUUAAAUGGUUCAGAUUCCUGUACAUUUUAUGAUAGUGUAGUGACCAGCCUCAUGAAAUGGCUAGCUGGUCUGUGCAUUCACAGCCUGACUCCUUUAUGUAGGUAGGUAGAAGCUUUCUGUGUCUUUUUUUUUUCCCCUUGCCCCCUUUUCUUCCUUCCCUUCUCCUUGCUGGUUGCUAGUAGUUCUAUUCUUCAUAUACAGCAUCCCACAGAGUUCUAGCAAGAUAACGGGGGGAGCAAAGGAGUUAAGCCUGGACAGGAUGAUGUGUAUACUCCCCGGCCCGUAGGCGUAUGCCCACUCCACAGGCUUGCACACACCUGUAGCCACAGGGUUCCAAUUCCAGAACGGAAGUUCAAGGCAACAGAGGACAUCUAACAUGGAACCCACGCACAGAAGCCAACCGUCCUACUCAACCCUCCAAGGGUGCCGAAUGGGGCAAAGGGUUCUUCUUGAUAUUUAUUGAGCAGAAGGAAGACGGCAACUCUGCUUCUUGCAUAGGACAAAAGGACAGCAUUUUGUUUUGUUUCCCAGGGUAGCUAUGGGAACAUUCUAAAUGUUAUAAACUGCCGCAGUGGCAGGAGCGUGUGUGUGUGUGUGUGUGUGUGUGUGUGUGUGUGUGUGUGUGUGUGUGUGAGAGAGUGAGCUCAGGAUCUGUGAGCCGGGAAACAGCUGCAGAGCAAAGCACAUCCAGGGUUCACGAGUGACGCUGGAGUUGGGGAGCAGCCCCAAAAUAAGACUUUACAUAAAGGGAAGCUGUAUGCAUAGUGCUCUCUCUAGGAUAGGAAUUGAACCCCCCUAUGCCUCCCCAUUCUAGCAGUGUUGCUGCUCUGCGUUGCAUUGCUAAAACGUGUUCCUCUUUAUUAAAGAAGAAGAAGAAGAAGAAGAAAGUCUCUCCAGGAUGAAGUUCCUGCCCUGGUUGUAAUGUUAAGCUGAGAACCUCUGUGCUUCUUUGGCUCUCUGCCCCACCCACCCCGGCUGCCAUCCCAGCCCUUUCUCCCAGUUCUGUGUUUGAGCUGUGCACCCGAGCAGCUGCAACAUUCCAGUGUUUGAACCGCCACUGAUUCUUGCACCCGAGACAACCUGACCAGGUUCACCAUCUCACUCUCUCAGCAGUGCCAGAAUCCCAGCCCCUAGGCUCCCAUUUCUGCAUGAGAAAUCUGGUGUUUGGAAUGUUUUUUUCCCCCUGAAUCUUUUGGGCAGGGCUCCCUGUUCUCUCUCUUCUCCCCCUGCCCUUUCCCCUACACACACACCUUCUGUGUCAGGAGCCUCAACGGAAGGGGAACCUCCAGCAGAGAAAACUGGUUGUGUCGUAAGCUUCUUUUGUGUUUUUUGUCUGUCUGUGCGAGACCUGCAGCUGCUGAACUCAGCUUUGCCUUUAAUUAAACCAUGUUCUCUACAGCCA